UUUAAAGUGUUUUUGAAAACCAAAAUUAAUUUCACUAAAAACGUUUUCAACUAUUUAAAAAGCAUUUUUCGAAUGUCAUAAAAUAUGAUCCAUAAUAAAUAAAAGCACUUUUAACUAAUGAAGGCCGUAGGUAAUUACCAAUUAGGCAUGAAUAGAGAUUAUUAAAAAAAGAAAAAAGAAAAAGGAAAUAGAAUAGGAGAUGAGAGCGAGAAAGUGCUUUUUGAAAAGCAAUAUUUUAAGUUGCAAUGACCAGUUGGGGUGCGUAGGAAGGAAAGAAAAGAAACAGAAACGAAGAAGAAAGAAAGAGAGAAGAAGAAAAACAAAAAACAGAAAUUGAAAGAAAAAAGAAACGAAAUGAAUUGAAAGCGGCAAAAAAUAUAGAUGAUACAAAAGAGAAGAAGAAGUGUUGAUGCAGUUGCAACCGGAGGUGGUGUUGUCGGUGGAAGAAGCGGAGAAGAAAGCGGAGGAAGAAGAAGAAGUGAGAGAGAGGCAAAUGCGUUUCUUGAGAUGCGAGUCGAUUCCGGCAGAAAGGGAACCUUCUCCGUACUCCUCAUUUUCGUCCUUUUGAUCCUCAUUCUUCCCAGCAUUUAAUUUCUUCAAUCUCUCUCUCUCCUCUUUUUUUCUCUCUCUACAUACGUACUUCUGGUUCUUCAUCAGCUUUUGCUUUACUCAUACGUAUUCUGCUCUUCGUCUCAUUCUAUGCUGCCGUUUGCUUCCAUGUCUCUUGGAUUUCUCAUGAUUUCUCAUUCUGCUUGGACUGGGUGGACUUGGAGCUGCUCCGAUUGAAUCGCCCUGAUAUGCUGCAAUCGAUCGCCGGAUGCAUUCUUGAGGACUCUGGAAUCGGUUAGGGUUUCUUUACUGCUUUAAGUUUCUUCGAGUUUGUUGCUGCUGCUGCUGCUUAAGUUUUAAGCACUUUCAUUGGUGAUAUUAUUUUGGUUGUAAAUACUGUCAGAUUUUGUGCAUCCUGAGCCGUCUGAUUUCCUCCCGUGAUAUUGUUUUGUGUGAUUCUUGGAGGAGGAGAGGAGGAGCAUUUGCUUUCUGUUUUCAUUCCAAAUUUUUGAAAAAAGAGGAAACAAGAAACAAGGAAAACAAAAUCAUAUAAAAGAAAGAAAAAAAAAAUACAUCUUUAAUUCCAAUUCACCCACCAUUUUUAUUGUGGGGGAUUUUAUUUAUAUUUGUUGAUUAUACUGAAAUUUAGACUAAGUAAAAGAAUUUAGCUUUGAGGAGGAGGAGGAGGAGGAGGAGGAAGAGCUGCUGCUUCCUUGUUAUUUGUUGGGUUGUUGCCAUUCUAUGGGAAUACCUGAUCGUUCACUACUAGAUCUAAUAGACAAAGUUAGGUCCUGGAUAUCUGGAGAAGGAAGCGAUUCACGGUGUUUGUCUAGCGUGUUUGAUAUUAGUAACGGUUGCAAGAUGUGUUGUGAUUGCAAUACGAACACCACUGGUAUUGGUUCUAGAUAUCACUGUCAGAGCUGUGGCAGAUGGAUUUGUGGAAAGUGUAUUCAGGGCUCUGAGUGGGAUAGCAUCAAGAGCAAUGAUGAGGUUGGAGGGAGUACUAUUAAGUUCUGCAAGUUUUGUUCUUUGGCUAGAUUAAGGAAGGAAGGUGGAAGGAAUAAUGGGGAGAAAGUGCAUCCGUCUGCCUCUCCCCGAGAAAGCCCUGAACCACCAUCACCCUGUUGUAGUGCCGAAACAGUCAAGUGUUCUGUGGAUAAUGAUGAAUCUAUUCACAGUGAUCAUUUCUCAAAGAUUUUGGAAGCCCAUGAUUGCAGUUAUUCUCCCCAUGCUGUGAGGAGUAUGACCUCGCUUAGUUCUCACCCAUCUCCAAUAUCCAUUCGUCACUCUAUUAGCAGGAGUGACGAAGAGGAGGCAGAGGAUUCUGGAAAGAACUUUUGCAGUCCUUUAAGUGAAUAUUGUGAUGACAAUUCGGACGUAGAUUUAAGUAGUGUUAGUUCUAGAAAAGAGUUUUUCAGGUCAAGGUCACUGGGAUCCCAUCAUUUUGAUUGCCCGUCUAGAAUUUAUUAUACUUAUAGUAGAGUUGGGCAUUCUGUACAGCAGGGGCAGGAGGGAAUCCCUGUGUCUCAGACUGAUGGUCCCCUUGGUCAACAGACUAAGGCUGUUUUAAAAAGGCCUGAGAGAGGGAGCGAGGAUCCAGAUAUUACUGAUGAUUGCUCUGAUGACGCGUCAGUUAUCCGUAGUCAAUAUGAGAAGUCACAGAGGCCACUGGAUUUUGAAAACAAUGGUCUCAUCUGGUAUCCCCCUCCGCCUGAUGAUGAGAAUGAUGAUGCAGAGUGUAAUAUCUUUUCUUAUGAUGAUGAAGAUGAUGAUAUUGGAGAUUCCGGUGCAGUGUUUUCAUCAAGCAGUAGCCUUUUGAGCAUGUUUCCUGCAAAGGAGAAACAGAAUGAGGGUAACAAGGAACCACUUAGAGCUGUGGUACAGGGGCAUUUUAGAGCUCUUGUAUCACAACUGUUACAAGGUGAGGGUUUCAUGGAUAAAGGGGAUGGAGAUGAGGACUGGCUUGACAUAGUUACAAAAAUUGCAUGGCAAGCGGCAAAUUUUGUUAAACCAGAUACAAGCAGAGGAGGCAGUAUGGAUCCUGGUGAUUAUGUGAAAGUUAAAUGUAUUGCAUCAGGAAGUCCAAGUGACAGUACGCUUAUAAAAGGAGUAGUUUGUACAAAGAAUAUAAAGCAUAAGCGCAUGACCUCACAGUACAAAAAUCCUAGAUUACUUAUUUUAGGGGGAGCACUUGAGUAUCAGAAAAUUCCAAACAAGUUGGCAUCUUUCGACACAUUACUGCAUCAGGAAAACGAUCAUCUUAGGAUGAUUAUCUCAAAGAUAGAGGCUCAUCGCCCCAAUGUUCUGCUGGUAGAAAAAAGUGUAUCUUCGUAUGCUCAAGACUACCUGCUGGAAAAGGAAAUAUCGUUAGUAUUGAAUGUUAAAAGGCCAUUACUGGAGCGUAUAGCACAAUGUACUGGUGCACUUAUUACUCCAUCAAUUGACGAUAUCCCUAAGACUCGUUUGGGGCAUUGUGAGCUGUUCCGGUUAGAAAAAAUUUCUGAACAGCAUGAGCCAGCCAAUCAGUUUAACAAGAAACCAGUGAAAACCCUGAUGUUUUUUGAAGGGUGUCCAAGGCGUCUUUGCUGCACAGUUCUGCUGAAGGGUGCUUGUGUUGAAGAACUAAAGAAGAUCAAGCAUGUUGUCCAGUAUGCAGUGUUUGCAGCUUACCAUUUAUCCCUUGAAACUUCCUUCCUUGCUGACGAGGGUGCUACUCUGCCCAAGACGACUCUGAGACACCCAGUUACUAUACCAGACAGGACAACAGCUGAUGCAAAUUCAGUAAUCCCUAAUUCCCAUGCUUUGAGCAAUUCCCAGGCUGUACCUUUUACUUCUGUUGAAGAUGAUAAUAUUUUGGGUCUGAAGCCGGAAAUUGAAGGAUUAGAGUCUUUGCCCGAGCAUCCUUAUCAUGGACUUGAUUUUCCUGUGUCUAAUGGUGACUUUGUGAUUGGAAUUACAUCUUCUGAUGCUUAUACUGAUGAUAUAGGAAAUAAUGUGAUUUUGGGAUCCUCAUAUCAAUACAAGGAUAUAAAUGGGGUCACAGUCCAUUCUUCUGAAACAAAAGACCUUUCCCAACCAGAGUUGCAAGAAAACUUGCCUCAUGACUGGAGUCAACACGAGGAUAGUGAGUUGACAAACUCUGAAAGGAUUGAUCACAAUCAAGUUUCAAGUGAGUACUUCUCUUCUGCUGACACUCAUCAGAGCAUAUUGGUAUCCUUUUCAAGCUAUUGUGUACUGAAGGGAACUGUUUGUGAACGCUCCCGACUUCUGCGCAUAAAAUUCUAUGGUUGCUUUGAUAAGCCACUGGGCAGAUAUCUUCGUGAUGACCUAUUUGAUCAGACAUCUUCCUGUCGGACUUGUAAAGAGACAGCUGAGUCUCAUCUUCUAUGUUACACCCAUCAGCAAGGAAACCUUACCAUUAAUGUUAGAUGCCUUCCUUCACUAAAGCUACCUGGGGAGAGAGAUGGUAAAAUAUGGAUGUGGCACCGGUGUCUAAGGUGUGCCCAUAUUAAUGGAGUUCCACCAGCAACACGUAGAGUAGUCAUGUCAGAUGCUGCCUGGGGGCUUUCUUUUGGAAAGUUCUUGGAACUGAGCUUUUCAAAUCAUGCAACUGCAAAUCGUGUUGCUACUUGUGGCCAUUCAUUACAACGGGAUUGUCUCCGUUACUAUGGGUUUGGAAGCAUGGUUGCGGUCUUCCGAUAUGCCGCGAUUGAUAUUCUUUCUGUCCAUUUGCCACCUUCAGUGCUUGAAUUCAAUGGCCAAGUCCAACCAGAGUGGAUAAGAAAAGAGGCAACAGAGCUUAUGGGAAAAAUGGAAACCGUAUAUGCAGAGAUAUCUGAUGUACUCGACUUCAUGGAGGAGAAAAAUAGAUCUUUUGGAUGUGAAAUGUCAGGUACAAUUGAGUUACAGCACCACAUCUUGGAGCUGAAAGAUCUGCUUAAGAAGGAAAGAAAUUACUACAUUGGUUUUCUGCAACCUGCUUUUGUGGAGACUUCUGAACCAGGGAAAAUGCCUGUUGUAGACGUUCUGGAGCUGAAUCGCUUGAGACGUUCUCUUUUAAUUGGUUCUCAUGUUUGGGAUCGCCAGCUUUAUUCAUUGGACUCACUGCUUAAAAAGACUCCUGUUUCCAUGGCUACUGAUGGGGAUGUAUCUUUUGCCCACCUGCAAGAGUUGAUAAGUGAUCCGUCUGGUAAGGAUGGCAGUCUUGACUAUGGCUAUGAGGAUCAUGUGCCUGAGUCUUCAAAAUUCCAAGUGCCUCCUGGCAGUGAUCUACCAACAGAUAAAGAACCUAUUGUACCACCACUCGAACCUUCUGAAGACGUAUCACACCAUUAUAGCCGAGAGGACGAGAUGCAUUCCGAUAAGGAAAUUGUUAAUAAGACAUCCUGCAAAGGCUUGUCCUCCCUUAAAUCUACACUGUCUGAGAAAAUAGAUUCUGCAUGGACUGGGACUGAUCAACUUCUGGUGAAAGCUCAACCACUUGGUACAUCAUGUUUGACCGAAGUUCAAGCUUGUGCUUUCGAGCAUACUAGUCAAAAUGAUGAUCCCCCUCUUAGGAGGCUAAUGUCGCCCGUGAGAGUUCAGUCUUUUGAUUCUGCCCUAAGAUUCCGAGACAGGAUUAGGAAGGGAUUGCCCCCUUCUUCAUUGCAUUUGUCGACGCUUAGAUCAUUCCAUGCUUAUGGAGAUUACAGGAGUAUGGUGAGAGAUCCUGUUUCUAGUGUAAGAAGGGCUCUUUCCCAGGCAUUGCCACACGAGGCACAAAAGUUGGAUUCAAUACUCAAUUCCACACCCUCAUUUGUCUCCUCUGCAUCUCAAAUAGCUGAUGGGGUUCGGUUGCUGCUUUCCCAGACAAGCAGCAAUGAAAUAGUCGUUGGUGUUUAUGAUAGCGAACCCACUAGCAUAAUCUCAUAUGCCCUUAGUUCCAAGGAUUAUGAGGACUGGGUUGCUGAUAGUUUGAAUGAGCGUCAGGCAGGCUGGAGUAUUCAUGAAAGCUUUAAAGAAGAUUCUGCAGCUUCUAUCUUUGCACCCUGGCAGUCUUUUGGCUCUAUGGACUUGGAUUACAUCCAUUAUGGAAAUUAUGGAUCUGAAGAUGCUUCAGGUUCCAUGGGCAACCUGUUUGCAGAUGCCAAAAGAUCUCCACAUUUGAGGAUAUCUUUCGGGGACGAGUCCUCAAAUGGGGUAGGAAAAGUGAGAUUUUCUGUGACUUGUUAUUUUGCAAAGCAGUUUGACACUCUUAGGAAAAAGUGCUGCCCCAGUGAAGUGGAUUUUAUACGAUCUUUGAGCCGCUGCCAGAGGUGGAGUGCACAAGGGGGAAAGAGCAAUGUAUAUUUUGCUAAAUCUCUGGAUGAUAGAUUCAUCAUAAAACAAGUCACAAAGACGGAAUUGGAAUCCUUUCAGGAAUAUGCACCUGAGUAUUUUAAUUAUUUGACAGAUUCCCUUAAAUCAGGAAGUCCAACUUGUCUUGCCAAGGUUCUUGGUAUGUAUCAGGUCACUGUUAAACAGCUGAAAGGUGGGAAGGAAACUAAAAUGGAUUUGAUGGUGAUGGAGAACCUUUUCUUCAAAAGAAACAUUUCAAGGGUGUAUGAUCUCAAGGGGUCUACUCGAUCCCGUUAUAAUUCUGAUACAACGGGGGGAGACAAAGUACUGUUAGAUAUGAAUUUGUUGGAAUCAUUACGUACACAACCCAUAUUUCUUGGAAGCAAAGCAAAGAGAAGCCUGGAGAGAGCUGUUUGGAAUGAUACGUCGUUUUUAGCGUCUGUUGAUGUAAUGGACUACUCGCUGCUCGUUGGGGUGGACGAUGAGCGGAAGGAGCUGGUUUUGGGGAUCAUAGAUUUCAUGAGACAAUAUACAUGGGACAAGCAUUUGGAGACAUGGGUAAAGGCAUCCGGAAUACUUGGAGGUCCGAAGAAUGCUGCUCCGACCAUUAUUUCCCCGAAGCAAUACAAGAAACGAUUCCGGAAGGCGAUGACCACUUAUUUUCUCACCGUGCCUGAUCAAUGGUCGUCAUGAACUGUUCGUACUUCGCAUCGCGCUGCAUUUUUUUCUCGUUCACGGAAGAUGAGUUCACUAAUAAGUUUAAUAGGGGAAUUAUUAUUUCUGAUACAGAGAGAGGAGGGAAACCCCUCCAUCUUCGUCUUCUUCUUCCCCUUUCUUUUUGUAUAUGGGGUAGAGUUAAAUUAACCCACAUGAGAUUUGUUACCGCUGUAAUUGUGAAGAGUUGGUAACUCUUCUUAUUUUCUCUGUCAAAGUUACCAACACUGUAGGAUUAGCCAUGUGAUGUAACAGACAAAUGUAAAUUAAAUAGGAAAUGGAUCAUCUCCAAAUCUCUUUUUUCUAAUCUAUCAAAUCAAGAAAUCUACGCAGUUGAAAAUUAAUCAAAUGGCUACAAACAGGAGUCCACGUUAAAAGUUAUAAUAAUUUUAGCCGUUGGAUCAAAUUUCAACGGUACGGAUUUUCUGAUUUGGUGAAUUAGGAGGAAAGGAUCUGGAGAGAAUCCUUUCCAAUUAAAUAUUUGAUCGAUGGAUUUUCUGUC